AGUAGGUUAGGUGGCAACACUGAUUGUCAGUAUUGUGAUUUGUUGCUGAGGAAAGACUACGUGGUGAGCAACCAGAGCAGAAUGGUAACCAUUUGCAAUGCUUGAAAUAAUUCGAUUAUAAAUAUUCCUGCCCUUCUCGGUGUGGAUAACUGAGGAUCAAACCUGAUAAGAAAAAAAUGAUUUUAACCUUGUACUACAUGUAUGCGACUUUACUUCAAUGGCGGAAGCUCGGAGCCCUGAAGAAUAAGUUGAGCGGGACUCUAAACAGCAAUAACUCUUUGCUAGUAUGCGACGAGUCCGUUAUUUUUGAUACUAGACGAACUAGAAGCAUUGAAAAUUUGCUGUUUAGACAGGAUAAUCGGAUUGGCGUCACUGUUGUACCUAAGCAAAGAAUAAACUUAUCUUCGCAUUGGCUGUACUUUCCAAAAGAUUCGAGAUAUUUUCCGAUAUUUUUUAAGCCGAAUAGAGCACCAAUAUACAGUCCUAAACUAUACGUUUUGGUCCAGGCUGUUUUGGAGGCUUACAAGAAACAUGAUGCUGAAAUAUUGCCGAUAGAAAACUUCGGAGAAUUAGUUGCAUGGAAAGUGACAGACCAUUUCGAAGCCAUCCUAAAGACAGAUAUGGACAAACUAGCCAAGUUGAUACAUUGCUUUUCGCAAUCUGAUUGCGACAUUAAUCACGAAUUGCAACUUGUAAAAAUUGAAACAAUUGAAGUAGAUGGCAUCGCAAAAAGAAUAAUCUACGACAGACAGUUCUCUACCGAGGCUACACAGAAAUAUUCCCUGGCUCCUGUGCAUUGGCAGAAUUUUGUUACAAACGUAAAGGAUUUAUAUUCUAAGAUUCGAGACGCUACUAAUCCAAAAAUUACCAUUGAUAACGGCACUCCGAAACCAGAAGAGGUGAAAAUUGUCCCAGUUUCGGAAGUAAAACCGAUCAAAAAAGAUAAAAAGUUAACUGAAGAGAAAAACACUCUUGACGUCAAUUGCUCGGAUUAUAGACGACAUAGGAGUACAGAGCACAAUCGAGAGCAUCGAACACGAGAGCACAGAAGACAUAAAUCUAAGGACGAAUUGGACUCGUCACGUCACUACAAACCCGAAAAAGACAAAGAAGAGAAAACUGAACCAAAUGGAAAUAUAGAACAAGAAUUAGACUAUCUUCCAGCAGAUGAAAAUAUGCAAACUGUCACAGAUGCAACUAAGCAAAAUGCAGACCCGACCGAGGCUAAAAAUGACGGGUCGAGCAGAGAAAAAAAGCCUGCCCAAAGACACAAGGACAAACAUAAACAUAAAAAGAGCGAUGCUGAAUCUCAACCCAGCACAAGUCAUGUUGUGAAAAGCUCAGAUAAAUUAAAAAAAGGUGGUCGAACAUCGAGCAAAGAGAAGAAACUUAUCAGAGGUAGAGCUACUUGCGAUGAACCAAUUGAAGUAACUGCAGAAGGCGAUUCAAAUGAGUCGGAAACCCACAUCUCCAAGGAUUUACCAAUCACUACUGAUCGGAACGGUACAAAUUUCAAGAAUGAAGAUAUACCAUCUCCCGCUGAUUCAAUUGAAAUAAUCGACAGAAAGCAGCUUUUGAGUGUUAAGCCGCCAAACAUUUUAGUAUACGCUGACAGUACAAUAGCAAAAGAAAAUGUCAAAGAAGUCCUAGCUACGAUCCUAAAUAAAGAAAAAUAUACAAUUUAUGAUCUUCCUCUUACUGGGCCGAUGACGUGGAAAGACUCGACAACAUUAGUUGUGGUUUGUGGGAGUGUAGAUGCAAAAGUAACUUCAAACUUAAUGAAAUUUUUGUUAGGCGGUGGGCAACUUCUAUGUCUUUGUAGCGAUUUGCUUUACAGUGUAUUGCACACGUUUACAACAGCCGAGGUCAGAGAACACGAAUUGGUCCGUUUUUCUUAUGGAAAAUGGAAGAAUGUAAAAAUGAUGCACCACAUAUUUUGCUAUCAAGCUUCGCCGGCGAAGAAACAAUUUUCAAAAGAUUCCGACACUUCCAAUCAUAGCAGUGGUAAUGGGUCCAGUCCCAUUGCCCCUAGGACUCCUUCCACCGUGGAAAUUCAACAUAGUGGCAUAGACUAUACCAUACAAGUGCAGGUAUUGGGAGCUGAAGAGACCUGGCAAACACCCAGUCUUUUAUUGGCCACUGUUAAAAGCUCGGACGGCAGAGCUGUAUUUUCACAGGUACAUUUGGAAAUAGACCCUUGUGAAUAUGUGGACGAUGAAAAUAAGUUCGAAGCUCUCAAAGAUAGCAACCCGGCUCGUCUUGACAUCUUCCGAGACCUCCUAGAGAAUCAUUUGGAUUUGGAUUGUGACAAUUCAACUGAGACACCCGCUUUUACACCAGCCUACUUUCUGGGCAGACAUGACUUAAAAAUAAACAUGCUAAACGAGACACAUUGCAUUAAAGACUAUGAAAUGAAAGCCGCAGAUAUGCACAUUGUAUUUUGCGGUAAAGAUGACCGCUACGACGCACCGAGCCGCACAUUUUUGCCCAUUCUUAUUUAUGCAUGUCCGCAAAAUUUCAACACUGUGAGCUACUUCGAGACAUUGGAUACGAAAUAUAUUGGAAGGCUGGUUAUUUACAGUGACGUUCUGACCAGUUCGCAUGUUUUAUUGCAACAUAAUCAGGUCACGCACGGCGUCGCAGUCAUUUGUCGCCAACAAUUAGGCGGACUUGGGAGGUCGAAAAAUAAAUGGCUAAGUCCUCGAGGAGGAGCCUUCUUCUCCUUGCAACUUCACAUUUCUACCAUCACCAAUCUGGGCAAAACUCCAGGAUUGAUGCAACACCUGAUUAUGGUUGCAGUAGUUAAGGCCGUGAAGAGACUCACAGGAAAUAAUCAAAAUAUUAAAUUAGGAAUAAAAUGGCCCAAUGACUUGUACGUGAAUGGAUGUGUUAAAGUAGGGGGGGCAAUGGUUACUUCAGUAACACUCGGUGAAAUGUCUUCAGUUAAUAUAGGAUGUGGCGUCAAUUUAGCGAACUCCAAUCCUACCACAUGCAUAAAUGAUUUAAUUAGAAAAGUGAACGAGGAAACAGGAACUAACAUUCCGGAAAUCUGCCAUGAGCGAUUUUUCGCGCAGGUCUUUAACGAAACAGAAAAGCUGAUCAACAGGUUUCAAAUUGGGGAUGCUGACUACUUUUUCGAUUACUACUACGAAUACUGGCUGCAUAUGGAUGCUCCAGUUACGUUGACAUCGAAAGACGGAAAAUGCCACCAAGGAAAAGUGGUUGGAAUAGAUGAUUAUGGUUUUCUCAAAGUGGAAACGUCAGCCGGUUUGCGAGAAUCAGUGCAGCCUGAUGGCAACUCUUUCGAUAUGAUGAAAGGCCUUAUUUACCCCAAAACCAUUUAAAUUCAUUGACAACUUUGACUUUAACUACGAAUUAUUUCGAGGCUUGACUUAAAGUGGUGUAGCAUUACAAAUAUUUCUAUGGAAAUUAAUUAUUUGCAAAAUUGUUGUUGCACUAGUGUAUAUACUUAUUUUUUGACAAAUUUAUACUUCCAUUUUUUGGAAAUUGUAGUUUGUUGGAUGAGUGAGCGGUAUUUUAAAAUGUUAUACAUUCCUUCGAGUAGACAAGUAGUAAACGUUUAAUAGUCACUUCCUGAUCGUUCUAUCACUUCCAUUUUGAAAAAUCAUUAAUAAAGAGCCUUGAAUAAAUACCUUUUAUUUCCAAUUUUCGGAAGCAGAUUCAUAACUUUUCUAUUGCUUCCAAAAUUCAAUUACUUUCAUCGCUAUGUAAAUUACUACGUAAAACUAAAAUCUUUAAUUUAAAUUUUUUAUUAAGGGUGUAUUUUAUCGGCCCAUUUUUAAUGAUGGAAAAUACGCAUUCAGUCUAACAUUUAUAAAUACAAUUUCUUCAAUUCAGUUUUAGUAAAACAGAGCUUAUCACUGUUGUUUGUUUAAAAACCAGAAAUAUGUACCUAAAUGUGUUGUGUAGUAUUUUGUAAGAAUAUGUUGUCAGUGUUGUUUAAGCUCGUUCAAAAAUGUACUUUGUGAACAUUGUUAUAUUAGACUUAAUUCAUUAAAAUUGUGUAUUUUUA